UGGCGGGUCCGGAGCGGUCCGGGGUGGCGGGAGUUUUCGGAUGUGUUGGCGGUGACCUCGGCAGUAGCGGUUGGGCUGAGUUGGACCGGAGGGGCGGGCGGCGGAACCGGGAACGCCAGUCCGCCGCGGAUUCCUGAGCUCCCGUCUCGCGGGUCUCACUGCGGCCGUCUUCUUUCCGUCCCCCAGAGCUGCGGGGAAGGAUGGAUCGGCACCGGCCGCGGCUGCACCACCCGAAGCAGGGCUCCGCCGCCGGGGCCCCCUACCCAGGCUCUGCUUCGCUCCGGAGCUGUCGGGAAAGCAAGAUGCCGCGCAGGAAGGGCCCCCAGCACCCUCCGCCCGGCGCGGCCGAGGAGCCUGGAGAGAAACGCCCCAAGUUCCAUUUAAAUAUUAAGACACUGACGGAUGAUAUGCUGGACAAAUUUGCCAGCAUAAGAAUUCCAGGGAGCAAGAAGGAGAGACCUCCACUUUCCAACCUGAAGACUGCGUUUUCAAGCAAUGAUUGCUCUUCUGAGGUGAUGGAAAAUAUUCCAAAGCCACUGUCACAGAAUGAAGUCUUAGAACUUUUUGAAAAGAUGAUGGAAGAUAUGAAUUUAAAUGAAGAUAAGAAGGCACCAUUGCGGGAAAAGGACUUCAGCAUCAAAAAAGAAAUGGUGAUGCAGUACAUUAAUACUGCUUCCAAGACAGGAAGUCUUAAGAGUCGGCGACAGAUCUCGCCUCAGGAAUUCAUCCAUGAACUGAAAAUGGGGUGUGCAGAUGAGAGACUUGUCACGUGCCUGGAGUCCCUCCGCGUGUCUUUGACUAGUAAUCCUGUGAGUUGGGUGCAAAGCUUUGGACAUGAGGGGCUUGGAUUAUUACUGGACAUUUUGGAAAGACUGAUUACUGGCAAAAUACAAGAAAAAAUUGUAAAGAAGAAUCAGCAUAAAGUUAUACAGUGUCUAAAGGCUUUGAUGAAUACCCAGUAUGGCUUGGAAAGAAUUAUGAGUGAAGAGAGGAGUCUUUCUCUGUUAGCCAAAGCCAUCGAUCCCGAGCACCCAAGUAUGAUGACAGAUGUGGUGAAACUCCUGUCUGCAGUAUGCAUUGUAGGAGAGGAAAGCAUCCUUGAAGAGGUUUUAGAAGCUUUAACAUCAGCUGGAGAAGAAAGAAAAAUUGACAGAUUUUCACCUAUUGUGGAAGGACUCCGACAUGAUUCAGUUCAACUGCAAGUAGCGUGUAUGCAGCUCAUCAAUGCCCUUGUUACUUCUCCUGAUGAUUUGGACUUCAGGCUUCACAUCAGAAAUGAAUUUAUGCGUUGUGGAUUGAAAGACAUCUUGCCAAAUUUAAAACGUAUGAGGAAUGAUGGCCUGGAUAUCCAACUUAAAGUGUUUGAUGAGCAUAAGGAAGAAGAUUUGCUUGAGUUCUCUCAUCGCCUCGAUGAUAUUAGAGCUGAACUUGAUGAAGCAUAUGAUAUUUACAACAUGGUGUGGAACUCAGUUAAGGAAACUAGAGCGGAAGGAUAUUUCAUUUCUAUUCUUCAGCAUCUUUUGCUGAUUCGAAAUGAUUAUUUUAUAAGGCAACAAUACUUCAAAUUAAUUGAUGAGUGUAUAUCUCAGAUUGUAUUGCAUAGAGAUGGGAUGGAUCCAGACUUCACAUAUCGAAAAAGACUAGAUUUAGAUUUAAGUCACUUUGUCGAUACUUGCAUAGACCAAGCCAAACUAGAAGAGUUUGAAGAGAAAGCAUUGGAACUUCACAAGAAAUUUGAAAAAGAGUUUACUGAUCACCAAGAAACUCAGGCCCAAUUGCAGAAAAAAGAAGCAGAGAUUAAUGAACUUCAAGCAGAGUUACAAGCUUUUAAGUCACAGUUUGGUGCCUUGCCGGCUGGUACAAAUAACGUUUUGCCGCUGUCCAAAGAAAAUGGAGCUGGCCCCCCAGCACUGGCUCCUCCCCCGCCACUGCCCUCCUAUGGAGGCGGGCUGCCUCCACCCCCUCCACCUCCUCCUCCUCCUCCACUUCCAGGAAUGCCAAUGCCCUUUGGUGGUCCUGUGCCCCCACCACCUCCCCUGGGAUUUCUCAACGGGCGAAACUCUCCUCCUCCACCAACCCUACCAUUUGGAUUAAAACCAAAGAAAGAAUUUAAACCUGAAACCAACAUGAGAAGAUUGAAUUGGUUAAAGAUCAGACCUCAUGAAAUGACUGAAAACUGUUUCUGGAUAAAAGUAAAUGAAAAUAAGUAUGAAAAUGUGGAUUUGCUUUGUAAACUUGAGAAUACGUUUUGUUGCCAACAAAAAGUGCAGGCAGUGGGAUCCUGUCCUGUUUUAAGUAAAAGAAAACAUGAGAGAAGAGAAGAGGAAGAUUUUGAAGAGAAGAAAGCUAUCAAGAAAAAAAUUAAGGAGCUUAAAUUUUUAGAUUCUAAAAUUGCCCAGAACCUUUCAAUCUUCCUGAGCUCUUUUCGGGUGCCAUAUGAGGAAAUCAAAAUGAUGAUAUUGGAAGUGGAUGAAACACAGUUGGCAGAGUCUAUGAUUCAGAACCUAAUAAAACAUCUUCCUGAUCAAGAACAGUUAAGUUCAUUGUCUCAGUUCAAGAAUGACUAUAACAACUUAUGUGAACCCGAGCAGUUUGCUGUGGUGAUGAGCAAUGUGAAGAGACUGCGGCCACGGCUCAGUGCUAUUCUCUUUAAGCUGCAGUUUGAAGAGCAGGUGAACAACAUCAAACCUGACAUCAUGGCUGUCAGUACUGCCUGCGAGGAGAUAAAGCAGAGCAGAAGCUUCAGCAAGUUGCUGGAACUUGUGUUGCUGAUGGGAAACUACAUGAACGCUGGCUCCCGGAAUGCUCAAACCUUCGGAUUUAACCUUAGCUCUCUCUGUAAACUAAAAGACACAAAAUCAGCAGAUCAGAAAACAACACUACUUCAUUUUCUGGUGGAAGUAUGUGAAGAAGAGUACCCUGAUAUCCUGAAUUUUGUGGAUGAUUUGGAACAUUUAGACAAAGCCAGUAAAGUCUCUGUAGAAACGCUGGAAAAGAAUUUGAAGCAGAUGGGAAGGCAGCUUCAACAGCUUGAGAAAGAUUUGGAAACCUUUCCCCCUCCUGAGGACUUGCAUGAUAAGUUUGUGACAAAGAUGUCCAGCUUUGUUAUCACUGCAAAAGAACAAUACGAGAAGCUUUUAAAGUUACACGAAAAGAUGGAGAAGUUAUACCAGAGUCUGAUGGGAUACUAUGCCAUCGAUGUGAAGAAGAUGUCCGUGGAAGACUUUUUUAAUGACUUAAAUAACUUCAGAACCACAUUCAUGCAAGCAAGAAAGGAGAACAUCAAAAAAAGAGAGGCAGAGGAAAGGGAAAAACGUGCUCAAAUAGCCAAAGAAUUGGCAGAGAAAGAAAGACUUGAACGCCAACAAAAGAAAAAGCGCUUAUUAGAAAUGAAGACUGAGGGUGAUGAGACAGGAGUGAUGGAUAGUCUGCUGGAGGCUUUGCAGUCGGGGGCUGCCUUCCGCGACCGAAGAAAAAGGACACCAAAGCCAAAAGAUAUUCGGCAAAGUCUCAGUCCCAUGUCUCAGAGGCCUGUUCUGAAAGUUUGUAACCAUGAAAACCAGAAAGUGCAUUUGACAGAAGGGUCACGUUCACACUACAAUAUCAAUUGCAACUCAACGAGGACUCCAGUCGCCAAGGAGCUUAAUUAUAAUCUAGACACUCAUACGUCUACGGGGAGGAUCAAGGCAGUUGAGAAGAAGGAAGCCUGUAAUGUAGAAAGCAACAGAAAAAAGGAAAUGGAACUUCUUGGCUCUGUUUCUAAAAACGAAUCUGUUCCCGAAGUUGAAGCCCUGCUGGCAAGAUUACGAGCUUUAUAAAUUAAACUGGUAAAAAAUGAUUAAGCCAAAUAUAAAACCAUGCUCUAAGCGAUACCACUUGAAAAAAAAUUGCUUUUUAUAUAGGUGACUUUAUAUAGUUUAAAUUAUGGUCUAUAUUAGAAAAAUAAAGCUAAAUAACAUGAUUGCAGUGCUUUUUCUAUGUACUUGAGGUCUUGGCUUUUUCAAGAUGGUAAUGGGUUUUAAUGCUUUUCUUGUCUCCUGGUAUUCAUGUGUUCUAUAUUUGGUGGUGAAAUUAUACAUAAUGCUUUAGAAAGCAGGUAGGUGGCCAUGUGUUCAGCAAUGUGUCCUGAAGAAAAUACCAUUUUUCUAAGUCACUGUAGUUUUUACUGUACUGUUUUCAACAUUAAUGAAUCUCAAAUCAUUGGUAUUAACUCUUGAUAUAUAUACAUAUGUGUGUACAUAUAUGUAUAUACAUAUCCCAUGCAUGUUGUUUAUAUGGGUCCAAGUUUCUCUUUCAUUGGAUCUUCAAGCUAUCAACGUAACAUCAGAAACAUAAAAUGGAAUGUAAGAGAGCUAUAAGGAAAUGCAUGUAAGCUCAUUGCUAUCAUUGUUGAAUUCAUGUUCAUUAGACCCUAUAAGAGACUAUUAGGCCAUUGGGCACAUAUCCAAAAAUGAUGUACUAAGAAUGUAUGCACUUUUUGUAAAACAUACCUGCUUCUGCAUCAAGAGGAUAUAUAUGAUACUACAGUGCUGCCCAAAGUCUGAACUGAGAGAGAAUUUUUCCCUUGGUAAUUGUGACUCUGGGAUAGAAUUGCCAUUUUGAAACUUCCCAGUUAACAGAUUUUUUUUUUCUGUGAGCAAACUUGAAAUUGCAGUUUCUUUGAUCUGACAAUCAAUAAGUUUAACAAAGAUCUAAAGUGUGUCAAGGAAGGUUUUCCUAUGCAAAUGUUGCAAUUUUACCUCAUUUGGGGCAUCACAUUAACUCUUUAUUCUAUAGUCAAGAAAAUAAAACUUGCUACUUGCACUAAGUGAAAAAAAAAAUUGGGGCUUUUUUUUUUUUUUUUUUUGCAGUUAGCAUAUUCUGUGGAUAAGCUGUAGCUCGACUGUGCUCUGCCGUCUAUCUAAGCAUCUAUUUGGCUUUAUUAUGUGCAGUAAGUAAAUGACUGCUCUUUUACCUUCAGUUAAAAAGCAGUUAUGUGGAACCAGUCUGUGAGGUCCAGUGCUUUUUAUUUCCUUGUUUAAGUUGCCACCUCCUUUCAGCUCCAAGUUAAUAAAGUUAAUUAAUUAGAACUAUGAACCAGGCCCCAUUUACAGACAUUGGGGAACGGUGCUAUCCACAGCCUGUGGAGGAAGAAAUUGUUCUCCUAUGCAUUGCUGAAAUAGGAAUUGCAACUGGAGGACAAAAUGCAUAUUUUCCUGAGAACAAAUCCUCAAACUCAGAAAGGUGAAGGACAUUGACACAUUUUAGCAGACAGGACCCCAAUGACCAGAAAAGAAGCUAAAUAAAAGAAUGCUGUCAGUUCUUCAUGUGAUUCUGCAAAAGACUGGGGCUUUUCAGAGACAAAGCUGAAAUCCAGCCAGAUAGUUUGGACAUACCGGGUGGCAGGUAAACACUCCAGAAACUUAGGGCCAGGGAGCAGCCACUCGGGAGCAGCAGCCUGGCAAGUAAAGGGAAGUGAAGAUGACACAGAACCCCAGGGGCAGAGAAAUGCAGGCCAGGCCUACACUGGAGCCGUCAGGCCCCAGAGCAUCUGUCCGCAGGAGCUGAAGGACAACCAUCUAGCAGGAGGACCAGGAGCCCGAAGCUAGCUGAACACCAGCGGGGGCUGGCCUCCUGCAGCUUAGCAACCCACUCUCUCACCAUCACUGACAGGAGUCUGUGCAGGCCUGAAUAGGGAACCAUGUUUUUUAUUUUCCUCUCCACAGCUUAAGAGUUCACAGAAGUAAGAGCCAACCAAGAAACAGCCAAGUGCUUCUGCAGAGAUUCACUGAUAAAUGUGCCUUCAACAAUGGGUGGGAGAGUACAAUUAGGGUUUUAUGAAAAACUCUUAAUAUUCCUUUAGCCAACUGUAGCUGGGAACUAUAGUGAUGACUUUUAAUUGGAGGGCAGGCAUUGAGAUACAAUUUCAUGUUUUUGAGCAAACAGUCUAUUCAUUUGAAUUAGCAGGUCAACUUGAAGCCAACACACAGCUCAGCACCUGUGAUGAAGAUGUUCCACCCAGGCCAGUGACAAACCCUGAAUAGGUUCUCAACCCCUCUCUGGUCAGUGUAGAGAAUUUGGCAAAAACACACAGAAAGCUAAGUGAGCACUGAGUUGUCCAAAAGCAAAGACCUGCUAAUAAGUUUUCCCAGUCAAAUAAUUGAAGUGAUUUAAAAAUAAGGGAAGCAAUCUAAUCAUAAAGCACAUCCCAUCUCUCCCCGCCCCCCCCAUCAUCUUCAGGGGAUAUAUUCAAAGAUACCCCCCCAGGGGAUGCCUAAUUGCACAUAAUACCAAACCCUAUAUAUAUUUUGCUUUUUCCUAUACAAAGUUUAAUUUCUAAAUUAGGCACAGUAAGAGAUUAACAGUAGUAACUAAUAAUAGAAUAAUUUUAAUAAUAUGCUAUAAUAAAUGUUACAUGAAUGUAGCCUCUAUCAAAAUAUCUUAACGUAGGGGCACCUGGGUGGCCCCCUGAGUUGAGCAUCUAACUCAUGAUUUUGUCUCAGAAGUAUGAGAUUGAAUCCCAUGUCAGGCUUCAUGCUCAGCAGAGUCUGCUUGAGUUUCUCUCCCUCUGCCCUCCCCCCAUUCACUCUCUCUCACUCUUUCUCAAGUAAAUCUUUUAAAAAAUCGUAGUGUAAUCAUAGUGUAUAUACUUAUCCUUCGUUUUGUGGUGUGAGAUGAUAAAACGCCUCCCUGAUGAUUUGAAAUGAGGGGAAAGACUGCUAUUCACCUCUGACCUUAUGUCAGAAGGAGGAUCCUCUGCUUCCAGAUUAUUGUUGAACCACAAAUAACUGAAAGCAUGGAAAGUUAAACCAGAAGUGGAGGCAAGGAGUGUACUACCCUAUAUGCAUGUAUGUCCUUUGUUAACAUUUAAAUAUUCAAAAAACUAUGUCAAAGUUUAUAUGAAAAAGUAGACAUUUCAAUAAUUUAUAUCAAAAACAUUGAGUUUCCUGUUAAAAACUAAAUCAUUUAGACUAUAUCUAUGCUAUAUUUCAUCAUAUUAAACUCCUUUUUUGGGUAACCACAGGUGGGCUGGGAGCAUAUUUCAUGACUACUUUUGUGCCAGCCUUAUGUACUGACUAUGCAACUUUUGGAAAGUAACAGGUCCUAAAAAAAUAAACAGCUAAUUUGACUGAAACUCAG